ACGCAUUUUAGAGGAGAAAACCAAAAACUGUCCACCACCCAUCCAUUCAUCACCAAGAAUACCCAGAAAGAGAGAGAGAGAGAUAUUUUUUGGGGAAAAGAUAAUUAGAUCAAAGAUCAAAGAUCAAAGAUCAAAGAUGUAUUCAGGGUUGGAAGUGAAAGGGGACAUCGAAGAAGGAACACUAUACCCAGGAUUAGGAUAUGGCGAGACUCAAUUGCGUUGGGGUUUCAUACGCAAGGUCUAUGGCAUCCUCUCUGCUCAGCUCAUCUUAACCACUCUUGUAUCUCUUCUCACCGUUCUUUAUUCUCCCAUCAAUGAAACUCUUCGUGGAAAUUCCGCACUUCUUCUUUUCUUCGCUUUCAUGCCCUUCAUCUUGUUGUGGCCAUUGUAUCAUUACCAGCAAAAGCAUCCACAGAACUUGAUAUUCCUUGGACUAUUUACCCUUUGCUUGAGUCUCACUGUUGGAGUAGCAUGUGCCAACACUGAUGGAAAAAUUGUGAUCCAGGCACUGGUUCUAACUGCAGCUGUUGUUUGCUCUCUCACUGCUUACACCUUCUGGGCUGCCAAGAAGGGAAAGGACUUCAGCUUCCUUGGACCUGUCUUGUUUGCAAGCCUUGUCGGUAUAAUUUUUGCUGGACUUCUUCAGGUAUUCUUCCCAUUUGGGUCUGCUACUACCGCCGUCUAUGGUGGACUUAGUGCUAUAGUCUUCUCAGGGUACAUCGUUUAUGAUACCGAUAACUUGAUAAAACGAUUCACUUAUGAUGAGUACAUAUGGGCUUCGGUCACUCUCUACCUGGACAUCCUUAACCUGUUCCUUACCAUUUUGCGCAUGUUGAGGCAGGGGGACAAUUAGAUCCUGCCAUUUCAUUAAGGCAUGGUGACAAUACUGUCUUGCUUGACCACAAAAGUGAGUAGAUUCAUUUUGUGAAUAUAAGAAGUGUUGAUCAAUACUUUGUGUAAGAACUAAGAAUGGAUUGGGUGCAAAACAUGCUCGCUUGUUAAGUAUACUUGGUAUGCUGCUUGAAUGAUAGAUAUGUUGUUUAGUGGCGAAUUUUAUUUUAAUACCAAAACUAUUUGGAUUUUGUCCUUGUGUAAAAUUAUGAUGAAUAGUUAGUCUCUUGAACAUCUGAGCUUGAAUUGAGAGAGCAACUUUAUCUCGCAAGAAACCGUGUAAUAAAAGUGCAUGCUUCGUCGCCAAAAAAAAAAGAAGUGCAUGCUUUUUAUUU